AUGGAGAGGAUGAGAUCCAAAAACAAUCAUCUCAGGAUCACUAAUGUUGAGGCUGGUUUCAACAACCUGACUGAUGAGAGAGAUGACCUGAAGAGGAAACUGAAUAACUUAGCUCAAAAAGGGUGGGAGUAUUUCAGCGGUAGUUUCUACUACAUUUCUUCUACCAAGAAAACCUGGCAACAGAGUAGAGAUGACUGUCGUCAAAAGGGUGCAGACCUGGUGAUUAUCAACAGCAAAGAAGAACAGGAUUUCACAAGAAAAUUUAAGAUGAGACUGUGGAUUGGCCUGACUGACUCAGAGACAGAGGGGACGUGGAAAUGGGUGGAUGGGACUCCACUGACCAAAAGCUACUGGGAUUCCAGGGAGCCUAACGGUGGGGAAAAUGAAAACUGUGUGGAAAUAAAGAAAUUUGAUUCAGAAAACAGCUGGAAUGAUGUAGGCUGUUCCACUCUACUCAACUGGAUCUGUGAAAUGAAAGACCGUCCAUAACUCUGCAACCAAACCCACCAGACAGAAAACUAAGGACGAUAAAUAUAUUGUUGAUACAAUUUAAAUCUUCACAAAAGCAACCUGAAUAUACUCAUGUGGACACAUCAUUUCCAAGUAAAACCAGCAUUUUAGGAUUUGCCAGCUCAGUGUGGGAUAAUCUGAAGCCUGGUUAUUUGCGCUGCAGUAAAGUGACCUGUUAACAUUUAGAAACAAAUGUCCAACGAGGUCCACUGCUUUGGCAGAAAAAAAGAAGAAAAAAACUACAAAAUGUUAUACAUGCUUUGA